AUGCCCAAUAAUACGGUGGCGCAGGCACUCGGCAUGUGGGAGCAAAAGCAGACGGGUGACGAGAACCGUGCCGCCAACUGGCUAAAAUUCGACACACCUACUAAUGAUGGCCAGUUGUCGGAGCUUCAGAAGCAGUGCCGGGAAGUGGCCGAGACCUGGCGGAUUUUCAAGUCGCAAAGUCGUAACGAAACCCUUUUUGAGGGCGUCAAUACCCCGCCAUUGAUAGACACACUUCGAAAAGCGGAGAAGGGGUAUGGCAAGGCCAAAGACAAUGUUGCCUUCUUCCUACGAACCAUGGACGACUAUAAGCAACUAUUCAGCGUUAUUCCGAGUGGCGACAAGUAUAUCUCUUUGUUUACGGGAGCCUCGGUCAUCUACGAGCAUAUCGCAGAAGUGUUCUCGCAAGCCUUAGCUGACAUGAGCGACGAUCUCGGAUUCGUCCACGACAGCACUAAAAUCUCGGAUAGUCCUGCCAUGCGCAAGGCGGUGAUCGAGCUUUAUGUCCACAUGUUUAAGUUUCUCUGCGACAUGAUGAGCUGGUAUUCGUCCCCCGGCAAACGAAUCAAGAGUGCUUUCACUGUUCGCUUCUAUGACGACAAAGUGAAAACCAAGGUGGCCAAGAUCAAGCGCAUUGUGAAGCGAGUCGAGAGGGAAGCGACCUUAGAAACAGGGUUCCGAGUCCAAGCUACCGAGCAGGGCAUCGAAAGUCUCGGAGACUUGAUCCGAAAGCUCGCAGACGAGAACCGGGCGGUAAUUCAAGCGGAUUUUUCACUACAGUUUCAGCAACUAGCCGACAAACUUCGGCCUGUUGGUUACAGCGCCGCGAAAUUGUUGAUUUUGACCACUGAAUGGGUCUUUAGAGACCCAGAGACUGGUGGGUUGAUAGAACGUCAGCAGCCUUUCGUCAGCUCCAACAACACGUCCACUCCACGACCCAUCCCAUCGCAUGACUUACAACUAAAUGAGUACUCUCGUGUCGUCAAACCGUAUGCGCAAGAUGCGAAGUCGGACCUCCUUGCCGAGGUCGACGUUACCAGCCGCCCAAACAUCUCCGAAGAAGUGGGAAUUGAAGUUCAAAGCUGGCUGAGAGAGCCAGGGACAAGCUUCUUGUGGGUAGAAGGCAGCGGGGACGAGUAUUAUGACUCACCACUCGCGGCCCUGGCCCUUCACAUAUGUGCCAGUGCCAUGGGUGCUCGCAUUCCAGCUAUAUCGUUCUUCAGCAAAGCACGAUAUGACUCCCCACCGAGUCUUCUCCCCGCAACGUUCAAGGCGAGCGCCACGCUCGAUCACCACAGUUUUGAACAACUCGACGGGAGCAUGCAAAGCGUCCCAACUGCGCUGGAGAUCAUCGAAGCUCUCCUCGAACUAGCACCACCCUCGCUGAUGAGCGUGAUCAAUGGCUUGGAGAUCAUGGAGAGCAGGGAAACGAUCAGGUCGAUGGGCAAGCUCAUGGAGAUCUUCCGCAAAAGCGUAUAUUAA